UGAAAGGAGAAGAAGAAGAGGUAGCUACCGGAUUGGUGGAAAGUUUGGCGGACUUUAUCCUCGGGUAGGAGGCGAGCAGGUCUUUGUAGUGACAGUUAGGUUCAGGACUGGACAGGACAGGAGUCUCCUCCAGCUGAUUUCCACAUUGUGUGAGCAGAAGACCAACAGCACAACCAUGUCUUCUACCAACGGCCACUCUGUGAGCAAAGAAUCAUGGGACUCGCACAACAAGAUGAUGCUGGAACCGCUGGCUAUCAACGAUUCAGAGGUUCGUCAGUGGAGUGUUCUCCAUUAUAAAAAAGAGAAGCACAGGCAGAUGUACGGUCUGGAGCUGAUUGCAUCAGAGAACUUUGCCAGCAGAGCGGUUCUGGAGGCUCUGGGUUCCUGUAUGAACAACAAGUACUCUGAGGGCUAUCCAGGCCAGAGGUACUACGGUGGUACAGAGCAUGUUGAUGAGCUGGAGAGACUCUGUCAGAAGCGGGCACUGGAGGCUUAUGGUCUGGACUCAGAUAAAUGGGGUGUCAACGUGCAGCCAUACUCAGGCUCGCCCGCUAACUUUGCGGUCUACACUGCCGUUGUGGAGCCCCACGGGAGGAUCAUGGGACUGGACCUGCCUGAUGGAGGCCACCUGACACAUGGCUUCAUGACUGAGAAGAAGAAAAUCUCAGCAACAUCCAUCUUUUUUGAGUCCAUGCCAUAUAAGGUGAAUCCAGAAACUGGCUACAUUGAUUAUGACAGGCUGCAAGAAAAUGCACGCCUGUUCCACCCCAAACUCAUCAUUGCAGGAACAAGCUGCUACUCCCGCAACCUGGACUACGCCCGCUUGAAGCAGAUUGCUGAUGAGAACGGUGCGUAUCUGAUGGGAGACAUGGCUCACAUCAGUGGACUUGUGGCUGCUGGAGUGGUGCCCUCACCCUUUGACCACUGCGACAUUGUUACCACGACAACGCACAAGACGCUGCGUGGCUGCCGAGCUGGACUCAUCUUCUUCAGGAGAGGUGUGCGGAGUGUGGACGCCAAAGGCAAGGAGAUCAUGUACAACCUGGAGUCUUUGAUCAACCAAGCUGUGUUUCCAGGGCUGCAGGGAGGACCACACAACCACGCCAUCGCAGGCGUUGCUGUGGCUCUCAAACAAGCGAUGACACCAGAAUUUAAGGUCUACCAGCUGCAGGUUCUCGCUAACUGCAAAGCUCUGUCCAGUUCUCUUAUUGACCACGGAUACAAGAUUGUGACCGGUGGCUCUGACAACCAUCUGAUCCUGCUGGACCUGCGCAGCAAAGGAACUGACGGAGGCCGAGCUGAGAAGGUGCUGGAAGCCUGUGCCAUCGCUUGCAACAAGAACACCUGUCCAGGAGAUAAGAGUGCUUUACGCCCUAGUGGUUUGAGGUUUGGCUCUCCGGCUCUGACCUCCAGAGGUUUGGUGCAGGAUGACUUCAGGAAGGUGGCUGAGUUGAUCCACAGAGCCAUUGAACUGACCCUGGAGAUACAGAGAAGCAUGGAUCCCAAAGCCACUCUGAAGGAGUUCAUUCAGACACUGGCAGGAGAGAAGUUCCAGCAGCGGUUGCUGAAACUCAGGGCUGAGGUGGAGGCCUUCGCUGGUCAGUUCCCUGCGGGCCUUCCCGAGCUGUAG